AUGGUUGAAAAAACUGCCGAAGAGAAAGAAAUUUUCAAGAAAGGUUAUUAUGGAUUUUUAAUGGUCAUUAUAGGUCCUAUCACUUUCUUCUACUUUAAGGAUUUAAUGGAGUUUAUAAUUCAGCAGAAUAUGAAGCUAAAAGAAGGCGAUAUUAUAGUCGAAAAUUGGUCUAAUCCACCGAUGGGAAUUUAUGCUCAAAUUUACAUGUUUAACAUUACUAAUCCUGACGAUGUUCCACAGGGUAAAGUUCCUGUACUUAAAGAAGUUGGACCCUUUGUUAUGCAGCUUAGAAUAAAGAAACUCGUAUAUAAAUGGAAUAAAGAUGCAGAAUCACUUGAAUAUAAACAGAAGUUAGCAUUUUUUGUGGAAGAUAAAUUAUCAGAUAAAUCAGUGAACGAAACGAUAUAUCUCCUUAAUAUGCCCGCUGUGGGUGCGGCUAGUUUAUUAAAAGAAUCGGGAUUAGCAUUUCUUACAAGUGGUAUUUUCAACAGUAUUAUGGAAGAAGAGACAUUGAUUCAGAAAACCACAGUGAGAGGAUUAAUAGCAGAAGGAUUGAAAGUACAGUUUCUAGAUUCAUUAACGAAAAAACCAUUUCUGAGUUUCCUUAAAGACACUUUUGACGCUGUUCUAAAAAAUGGAACCGUUAAUAUUCUUUAUCUGAUGAAUCGAACUGAACCAAUGAAAUUUGAGGUUGCAACCGGUUACAAAGAUGGCUAUUCGAUGGGGGAAGUUCUUGCAUUUGAAGGACAAAGAAAAAUGAGUAAAUGGGGAAAUGAAUAUUGUGAUAUGAUUAAUGGCUCCGGUAAUAUAACUUUUCAUUAUAUAAAUCACUUUCAUUAA